CGUUUACGAUCAGCUGUAAGUAUACCCGAGUUCACAGUGCUAGCUCCCGACCCUUCUAUUGAGCGCACUCUGCUCGUCCUCUCUUUUGUUCUAUUAUGCCAGGUCCUAUCGAUAUCUCAGAGGUCCCGGACGCCCCUAGAAGACGAACGCUUUCAUUCUAUCUCGUCUUAGUCUUUCUUGUCCUUCCCUUGUGGUGUUUCGUGCCAUUCUCGUGGGCAUAUUUCAUCUACACGCUCAGAUAUUCCACCAUAUCCUCCAGAAAUGUGUUUUUUUUCGGACUGACGUUUGGGGAGGUUCUUUUCAGUGUAUAUCAUGCUAUUUUGGCGUAUCGGGUUUCUGGACCAUCUAAACAACCUCACGGGAAACUCACGGAGCUCCAAAUUGCAUUCACUCGUGUUUUGAAGGCCGGCCUCGCGCAACUUCCUGAAGAUGGAUUUGAUGAGGAGACUACUGAUAGUCCCCGUCCCGGAAGCCCUGCUGAAGAAAUUGUUCAGUUGGGACCUAGCGAUAUUCGUGCCAUUGACUUUCGCAACACACUUCGGACAUGGUUUGGCAGGGUUCCGUGGUCCACAAUUACUCUUCAACCAGUUCGUCAAUGGUUAUAUUGGUCCAUGUUCAAUCAAGACCUGCCUCCCCUCGAAACCUUGACACAAGCACAUCGUGCCGCAUUGGAAGAUGCUCUUCUACAGUUGCAGAAACGCCUUGGGAAAGAGGUACCAGAAGGCCCUGCCUCCGGCAUCAAACCCUUGAGACUCACACUUGAUCCCGUCAAUAUAUCAUGGAGGCCUCUGUCAUUCUACUGCUUUGUUGCUGCCGCAAACACGUACUUGAAAAACAAAUACUGUCGUGAAAGGCAAUUUCGUCGGGGUUCUUUUGAUGGACUAGAAUACCUAAUACGUAUCCCUACGAAGUGGUGUCCCUGUCGCAGCCCUCGUCCUGUCGUUUUCUUCCAUGGUUUGGGUCUAGGCCUCUUCCAAUAUAACUUCCUCCUGCGACAUCUUGCAGAAACGUUCACCGAUCGCCCUUUACUCGUUUUAUUACAGCCUCAUAUCAGUCAAGAGAUCUUCCAUCCUAAAUAUCUGAAACCGAUGACACGAAAAGAGACUGCAGAUCGAUUGGCAGGCUUGAUGACCAAACUCGGUUGGGCUGAUCUUGCACGAAGCAGUGAUUCAUCAGAGGUAGAUGAAAUUGCCAGUGACCUUUUGGGUAAACCUAGGAAAGGUGUCACUUUUCUGAGUCAUUCAAAUGGAUCCUACGGCCAUGCUUGGAUGCUAAAAGAAUACCCACAUAUGGUGACGCGUUCGUGUUUCGUCGACCCUGUCACUUUCUGUUCAUGGGAAGGAGAUGUUUGUUACAACUUCAUCUACCGCCCAUCCACAAAUGGAUCUGAACUUAUCGUUCGUUAUUUUGUCGGAACUGAACUAGGUGUCGCUAAUUUCCUUCAACGACAUUUUGACUGGUCCUCGAAUUCCCUUUGGUUUGAGGAAAUACCGAACGCUCGCGAUCCCUCCAAAACACUCUUUCUACUUGGAGGGAAAGAUAGUAUACUCAAUGCUGAGCGAGUUAAAAAGUACCUCACGUCUCAUGGCGUUCGUAAGGGACUUUGGUACGACCCUAACGGGCUACAUGGUCAGGCAUUACUGGUUGGAGGGAAAGGCCAUGAGCGUGUGAUGGAAUGGUUGAAAGAACCUGAUUUCUAG